AUGUCUACGAGAAAAAAAGGUGUGUUACAACAAAACCUGGAUAACAGUGUCUAUAAUCACAUACUUAAAUUGCUGGACGACAAAACAGCAACUCUAAAAUUAUCUCCUAAUAAUGAAACAGGAUUUACAACGGCACUUGCCAAAGACUUGAGCUAUGAUGAAAUCAUGCAGUAUAUUCGAUUGCAAGACAAAACUAUGGGCAGAAUGAAGAUGGAUCUACUGGGGAAGGCCAUCGAUAGGGUAUGGGCGGAAAUCAAGGAGGAGGAGGCAGUGGAAUUGGCAGAAUUAGGAGUGACUCCUAGGAUUGAACAUCCAAAGGAUGAGGUUGAAGAAUCAGGAUUGAUGGAGGUUACAGAUUUGAAUAUUGCCAAUAAGAAUAUUGUCAGUUUGUGGAAUCAGGCAAACACAAGCACCAACGAAAAUGGCCCUAAUGAUGGAAAGACGGUGAAAACUUUGGAUAAAGAAGAAAAAGAGAGUAAUAAAAAGCGCAGAGGUAAAGAGGAAGGAAGUAAGAAGAAACGGGUCAAAGUGGACAGGUCACCACCAAAGGCCUCUCUCAAACAGCUAGGUGGGUUGGACGAAGUCCACGCAGAAUUGAUGGAGGUUGUAGGUAUGCCCAUAUUGCAUCCUGAAAUAUACUUGUCUACAGGUAUUCAGCCUCCAAGGGGAGUGUUACUCCAUGGACCUCCAGGUUGUGGUAAAACCUCCAUAGCAAAUGCGCUUGCCGGAGAUCUAGGGGUUUCCUUCAUCAACAUCUCGGCACCUUCGGUUGUGAGCGGCAUGUCUGGUGAGUCCGAGAAGAAGGUUAGAGAACUGUUUGAUGAAGCAAAAUCGUUGGCACCAUGCAUUAUUUUCAUAGACGAAAUUGAUGCAAUCACACCCAAGAGGGAUGGAGGUGCCCAGCGUGAAAUGGAGAGACGGAUCGUUGCACAGUUACUCACAUGUAUGGACGAACUGACCCUUGAAAACACAAACGGCAAACCUGUUAUAGUUAUUGGGGCUACCAAUCGACCAGACAGUUUGGAUGCUGCGUUGAGAAGAGCUGGUCGGUUUGAUAGGGAAAUCAGUAUCAACGUUCCAAGCGAAGCUGCCAGAUAUCAUAUACUGAAAAGCAUGACUGAAAAUUUGAAAAUCUCAGGUGAAUUGGGGUUGAAGGAAUUGGCCAAAAUGACACCUGGGUUUGUUGGUGCUGAUUUAAAGGCAUUGGUUACCUCUGCUGGUGUUUCUGCAAUCAAAAGAAUCUUUAGCACGCUAUCGGAUGAAAAUGGGCAACUGCCGUUUGAUUUUGAGGAGGAGAAAACACAAGAGGAGCAACAAGAACACUGUGAGGAUGUCGACAUGGAUAGACCACAAGAUGAAGAGUUUAUAACGCCCCUAACAACUCCAAUGUCACCGUCUGGCAACCAGAGGGCGUUUGCAGAAGUUGCGAUAUCGCCAAAGUUGUGCUCUCCUGGAAGCAGUGUAUCGAUCAUCCAAAAAUUCCUAGAGAAACAUCCAAACCCAUUGACUGAAAAGCAGCUGGAACCUCUCUGUAUAACAAAGGAAGAUUUCCUAACAGCACUACCAAGUAUCCAACCUACAGCUAAGCGUGAAGGGUUUGCUACCGUUCCUGAUGUCACAUGGGCCAAUGUUGGUGCAUUAUCUAACAUCAGAAUAGAAUUACACAUGGCCAUUGUUCAGCCUAUCAAGCAUCCUGAAAUUUACUUGAAAGUUGGUAUUUCGGCGCCUGCUGGUGUUCUAAUGUGGGGGCCACCAGGUUGUGGUAAGACAUUGUUAGCCAAGGCUGUUGCGAAUGAAUCUAAGGCUAACUUCAUCAGUGUCAAAGGACCAGAACUAUUGAAUAAGUAUGUUGGUGAGUCUGAACGUGCAGUUCGUCAGGUCUUCUCUAGAGCACGCGCUAGUGUCCCUUGUAUAAUCUUCUUUGAUGAAUUGGAUGCCCUCGUACCGAGAAGAGACACGAGUUUGAGUGAAAGUUCGUCCCGUGUGGUGAAUACACUAUUAACAGAGCUAGAUGGUUUGAAUAACAGGAAGGGGAUUUUUGUCAUUGGUGCAACCAAUAGACCAGACAUGAUUGACCCCGCAAUGUUGAGACCCGGUCGAUUAGAUAAGUCGCUAUUUAUUGAACUGCCUAAUGCAGCGGAGAGACUAGACAUAUUGAAGACAUUGAUCAAGUCGAACGGAACACCGCUAUCCAGUGAUAUCGAUUUGAGCUCUAUAUCCCACGAUGAAAGAUGCAGAAACUUCUCUGGUGCAGAUUUGUCGUCCUUAGUCAGGGAAGCAUCAGUCAUUGCUUUGAAGAGAAAGAUUUUCACCGGGAUCAAGAAUUUGGACGAAUAUGUUGACGAGGAGGCCAGUGAUAUGUCCAACAUUGUUGUUACUGCUGACGAUUUUGACAAAGCUCUUGAUGCUACUAAGCCAUCGGUCAGUGAUCGAGAUCGUGCUAAAUACGAGAAGCUCAACAAAAGACUAGGAUGGGACAAAACGGGCGUCAGUGCCCCAAGUAAAGAAGAAGUUGCAGAUAUUUGA